CCGCGCUCGGUGUCCGGCGAUGCGUGGGAACGUACGUUAGCUCGGCAGCUAGGGACCCGCAGACGAUAUGAGGUUGCUCUUUAUCGCCUGUCUCAGUCCCAAAACUGGGAACUGCACCACAGCUGAGAGGAUAAGGGCUCAUAUUGAAUCUGCAGGUCACGCCUGUGAGGUCCGAGAUGUGUCAGAAUUCCAGUCCUCUGCAGAGGUGGCACACCUAGUAACUCAAAAGCCCCCCUAUGAGGCUGCACUGGGCAUACACCUCUUCAAAGCAGGCAGGCUUCUUUUAGACAUCCAAGUGCCCUUUGGUGUUAUCUUUGGAGGAACAGACAUUAAUGAAGAUGUGAAAGUUGAGCAGAAGCGUGUGGUUAUGGAGCAGGUGCUGCUGAAAGCAAGGUUUGCCAUUGCAUUUACUGACAAACUGAAAGAAGAAGCAGAGAUGUUUUUGCUGUCCCAGAGCAGUAAAAUCUUUGUCCAGCCACAAGGUAUCAAAACGAAGGCUUCUGAGAAAUUCAGCUGGAGUGAAUUCCUGAAGAGUGCAGGUGUGAAUGGGGAGGAUGUGGAGGAACUGCGUGUCUUCCUGUUGGUCUGUGGUGUGAGAAGAGUUAAGGACCCCCUCUUCUUGGCGGAGGCCUUUUCAGAGUGGCAUCUGGAAAAUCCCCAGAAUGUCUUGGUCAUUAUCGGCCCCAAGAUUGAUCCUGUACUUACCGAGGAGAUUCAAACCGUCACUGAAAGCAGAACAGCGGGAGUUUUCCUGGCCCAGGAGAGGAGCCAGCAGGAGCUCCAUGCCGCCAUGAAGAGGUGUUUCGCUGUGGUCAACAGCUCUGUCUCAGAGGGAAUGUCCGCCGCCAUCUUGGAGGCCAUGGAUCUGGGGGUACCUGUGGUGGCCAGAAACAUCCCCGGCAACGCCGCCGUGGUGAAGCAUGAGGUCACCGGCCUACUGUACUCAACUCCUCAGGAAUUUGUGCGCCAGUCCCAGAGGCUGUUGUCGGAUUGCAAACUGAGGGAGAAGGUGGUGAGGAAUGGCAAACUCUACAUUGAAGAGCACCAUGGCCUGACACAGGAGAGAGAGACCUAUCGGAGGCUAGUGGAGACCCUGCACUGAGUAUGAUUACAGCAACACAACAAAAAAAAAAUCUGAUUUACUUUCUCAGGAACUUUAGUGCGCCUUAUCUGCCGUGCCUGUGCUCCCACAGAAAGACUGCCUACCAGUCACAGAAUCCUACACUGUUCUAUUGCUCAGAUCUGAUGGGGCAGGAAAAUGGGCAUUACAGCCAUAUAGCCAGCUUGGUAAAUGUACAAUUAUUAUCUCUAUUGUUAGAUUAUUUUUUGGUAUCUCCUACGUCUUUUAAAAUAUCGGGCUGUAAAUCACGUCUGAGCAGAACGGCCUUAUCUGCACUGCCAGAUUUAGACAAUGCUGGAUAAGACUUUUAAACCAAAGAGACAAAGCGUGGUUAUGGUGCAAUAAAAAAAAUUAAGAUUUGUAUUUUUCAGGAAAACAUUUUUGCACUGUUUUUUAUGUUUUGUAACCCAGUGUGAAUCUUAGAAAUAUAUGUAUGCACUGAUUCUUCAGUCUGCUCAUUAAAAGGGAUGAAUGAU